UAGAAAACCCAUUAAUAGAAGUGGAGUGGAGGGUUUGGUUGUUGCCAAUGUUUUUUAUUUUGACUAAUUGUCUGCAUAUCUGUUGUCAGCUGGUCUAGCUUUCCUUUAUCACUGGUAACUGGGCUUUAAUGAACAUCUGUUUGUUGAAAACCAGUAAACUGGAGACUGGACUGUUGAAAUAAAAUAAAAAAGUUUUAUAGUUUCAUCGGAUUGAAGCCCAUAAACGGGCUCAAAUGGGCCUAUUAUUGUCAAAUCACAUUUGGUGAAUCCAAGUGCACAUUAUACAAUACAAAACUUUUUUUUAAUUGAAUAAUUAUUGUGAAGUUGUAUUAUUUUAACAAGCAUGUGUGAAUGAUGGAAUCUAUUAGGGGUUUUGUCUUAUAACUUGUAUUGUUGCUUUGACCCAAUUAAUAUUGGUAUUGCUGGGUCAUAACCCUAAAAUGUGACAUGCUUACAAGACAAAGAACUACUGGCUGAUUGCCCUGUCAAAUUAGUGGUCUGUGGUGUUUUCUGAGUGUUUGAAGGGUGUAACUUUUCGGAUCCAAUAAAACCUCAAAAUAAAGUUAAUGUCAUGUUUUUUGACGAGCUAGGGGGAUUGAUUUAAAACAACACGUAAUCAUCCUAAAUUGACCUGGCGCAAGUCUUCAAACCACUGGUGGAGUCAUUCAGUAAGAUAUAGUUACACUGCAAAAUAUAAAACAAACUCUUACAAUAACCCAUAAACUUUUCUCUUUGAGUGUUAUACAAUAUUGCUUUGAUGGCUUUGACACAUAAUAAUUACCACCUACCUUCACUUAAAAAUCCCCAUGGGAGACAGCAUGAUUAGGCUCGGGUAAACAUUUAUUGCACAAUAUGAACACCAAUCCUAUUUGAUGAGUCAGUGUCUCUGAUAAAUGAGUCGAUAAAAGAUAGCGGAGACUAGUUUGUAAAGAUGGAAGCUAGUUUUCUUGGUAGGAGAUAAUGUAAUAUUUUUUCCUGUGUUGAGCAACAAGGAAAAGGGCUCGCAUUUGCACCAUGAGACGAGAAAAAAAAACCUGUGAUGUAUCAGGUGUACUUUGAACGGGCUUGUGUUUGGUUAAAACUAGCCUAGCACAGAAUGGGUGGGGUAAUGUGAAGUCUCCUGUUGUGAUACGUGCCCAGGCAAAGAACGGACUUGAAUGGAAUUUUUUACUUCUAACGCUGAAGAGACCGUAAGCUAAAGGAUUACCCACUCUUUGGAACAACUGAUUUGAUUGUUCAUUCAAACCACAAUGGAGGCAACCAGUGAGACCACUAAAAUCCUGGGGAAGGGUCCAGAAUACCUUCGAAAGCAAAUGGAACUGGAGAGUGAGAAAAAAGGACGCAUGACUGCUGUGGAGAGGCUCGCUGCAAGCAAACUACAGUAUGUCAAAAGCCAACAGGUGGUCAACUCGGCUCAGGAGCCUGUGAUCAGUAUUGGACCAGCCUCUGUGAGUAGCAAUGGGUCUUCUAACCAGAGCUCAAACCGUUGUGGAAAUCUUGUCAUGGGGAGUAACUCAACAGAGGCUACACGUGGAGCACAAAUCUGCUCACCGGGGCAGAUACGUCAGUCCAGCUCCAAAAAACGACGAGACUCUCUUCUGCUUUACAGACAAAAAUGUGAGUUGCUGUCAACAAAUGACCGGAAACACAAUAUAACACGUAAGUUGCUUCUCGGCUCUGUGCGCAGAAAUGUUCCGUUACCUGAGGCAGCAGAUAAAGAGUAUGAGGGGGAAAACACCACACUUGAGGGAACAGCAAAGGAAUGUAGCUCACUUGAAGUUACCUCUAAAUCAGAGAGGAGGAGGAACGGAGUAGAAGGACAACACAAAACAGAUAACAGGGAUUCUGGGAGAAAGAUGACAGCUGGUGUGAACAAAUCUGCUGGUCUCCUGGCGGUCCCUGAGUGUGAAAGGAGGCCUGGCAAAGGGGUCAGUCGUUCUCACUCUGACAUCAGCUCCAGGUACUCCAAAAACUUUGCGGACUUUGAUGUUUUCUUCAAGUACUGUGGGCUGGACGGUGAGGUUAUUGAGUCUUUGGGGAAGGAGAACUUCUCUGCAAGCUCAGAUGAAAUUCCAAUAAACAUCCGUAGUGUCAGCGUCUCGACAUCAGACGAUGGCUUCUCCAGGAACAGUGGUGACAGCGAUGGACUACAAGAUCAUGAGUUACAUGAAAAGAUACAUCAGGGGACGUCUGUUAUUGAACGUAAUGCAAGGAUUAUCAAAUGGCUGUACAGUUGCAAAAACGCCACAGAGACUGGGAAAAAGUUAAGAGACCUUGAUUGAGAUAACUCCUUCUUUUCUCUAUAGAGGCCAUAUACCUACAACUGAUACGUUUUACCCAUUUAUUUUAUCGCAGACCAUAAAUCAACUACAACGCUACUGUUGUGACUGUGUGUUUGUGUGUCUAUGUGCCUAUAUCGGUUUUCUUUUGGUUUCUAUGCAUACUGUGUGCGAAUUUCAGCAAAAAAAUGCAUUUUUGCAUCUGUUCAAACUUGCAUAAAGCUUAGCUGUUCUCUGUCCUGCCACAGAAAGCCCCACCUCACACGCACACAGGAACACAAAAACUGUUAUUUUUCAAACAUUGGUGAUGGCGCAAUGGAUAAUACAUAUGCCUUUGGUGUGAGAGACCCAGGUUUAAUUCCCCACUGUGACCCAUCCACCAUUGUGUCCCUGAGCAAGACACUUAACCCCGUGUUGCUCCAGAGGCGUGCAACCUCUGACAUGUAUAGCAAUUGUAAGUCGCUUUGGGUAAAAGUGUCAGCUAAAUGUAAAUGUUACUAGCAGGUUUAUUUGCUGACGUUCUACACAGAUUUAUCACAGAGCUGCAAUUUAGAAUUCCUAAUACCUGUGUUAAAUGUCAAAACUGUGUGCAUGGGUGCACACUUGAAGACACAAAUAACGACGCGCAUAUCAAGAUUAAAAUUUUAGGAGCAGUGAUAUUCAGCAAAAAUGUGACACUAUCCAAAAAAAAUUAAUU